GAAGAAGGAGGAAGGAAGGAAGGAAGGGGGAGGAAAGAGGGGAAGGAGGAAGGAAGGACAGCAUCUCAGAAGUCUGGGAAGCCCAGUCCCUGUUACUGACAUUAUGAGGAGUGGAGUCUGCAGCUUCCGUCUGGACGAGAUUUGCUGUGUGACCCUGAGCUGUUGCUGUAUGUCUCUGAGCCUCAUCCAUUAAACAAAUCUUGGUUGAUCGUGUGCUAUGGGCUGGAUCCGUCUCAGCUGCUGACAAGCACGCCUGCCUCCCUGAUGUCUCUGAGAAUCUAGAAGGUAACAGGCCACACAUAUAAUAGAUCACUGUCCCUAUCUACCCCACGUUGCUUGGGGCUCCUUCAAGCCAUCACAGCACCCCAGACUCGGCUCAGAGGACAGAUCCCAGGAAGUCCUUGCUCUUCUUGACCACUGCCAUCUAUGGUGUCACUGACCCAAUCCCACAGCGGACCUGCCCUUCCUCCUUGGUUCCCAGGGAACCCAGCAAUCAGCCUCCGUGCAGCCAGACAUGUGCUCCAGGUCUUCCACAGUGGUCAGCCGCCCCCACAGCCCUGUGAUGGGUAGAGCUUGGCUGAGGGGGGGCGGGGGGAACCUGCUGCUCAGCGAUUAUGUCACAAAGGGUCCUGGCCCCAGCUUGGAAGGGGCCACCUGGGCCUAGCCCAGAGCGACACUGUCCCUACCCCCCAAGCCCUCUCAGUGGAGGCUCCACCUGUCCCUUACAACCGGGAGGAUGAAAAGCUAAGUUCUCGCCACCCAGAGCCAGCAGAUUCCAGCAAGUCCCCCACCCAAGGGAGGACCCCAGCCACUUGCCUCAGCCCUCCUCAGCCCUCCUAAUCCGGUCUAGACCCCUCCACUCUUACCAUGGCCAACUACUACGAAGUGUUAGGUGUACAGUCCAGUGCCUCCGCCGAGGACAUCAAGAAGGCGUAUCGAAAGCUGGCUUUGCGUUGGCACCCCGACAAGAACCCUGACAACAAGGAGGAGGCUGAGAAGAAGUUCAAGCAGGUGUCUGAGGCCUACGAGGUCCUGUCCGACUCUAAAAAGCGCUCUGUGUACGACCGGGCAGGCUGUGACAGCUGGAGGGCCGGCGGUGGCGGCAACGUGCCCCACGGCAGUCCCUUCGGCGCUGGCUACCCCUUUCGCAACCCUGAGGAUAUCUUCCGUGAGUUCUUUGGGGGGGCGGACCCUUUCUCCUUUGACUUCUGGGACACCCCAUUCAGCGACCGCGGCCGGUCCUACGGUUUGCGUGGGGCCUUCUCUUCGGGCUUCGGUGAGUUGCCAGCGUUCAUGGAGGCCUUCUCGUGCUUCGAUACCCUGAGCCGCGGUGGGGGCAGCCGCGCCACCUUCUCGUCCACCUCCAUCGGUGGCUCCAGUUCAGGCAACUCGGGGUUCAAGUCAGUGAUGUCCUCCACGGAGAUGGUGAACGGCCGCAAGGUGACCACCAAGCGCAUCGUUGAGAACGGCCAGGAGCGGGUGGAGGUGGAGGAGGAUGGACAGCUCCGGUCAGUAACUGUCAACGGCAAGGAGAAGCUCAUGCGGGUGGGCACCAAGUGAGAGCCACCCAGCCAGACCCUGGGCCAGUCACCAUCAUAGGGGGCUACAGUAGUCGCAAACUAGUGCUUAAUAAAUAUGCUAAGUGAGCUCA